ACCCAAAAAAAACACAAAAAAUACUACUCGAAAAUGGCAUAAUCUUUCCAUAAAUAGCAACCAUCGCCUCUUCACCUUCUCAUCACAAUGGCUCCACUCCAAACCUUCACUCUCUUUUCGCUUUACUUAUCUCUCGUUUCCGCCAUAGUGAUCACCGCUAACGGCUCUUUCUCCCAUCACUUUGCCACAACAAAACUAACACCAAAUGCCCAAAAAAUGACUCGCCUUCAUUUCUACUUCCAUGACAUUGUUAGUGGGAAACACCCAACUGCAAUCGCAAUAAUCCGACCUAAAAGUGCAUUUGGCAUGACAGCGAUCGUCGAUGACCCUUUGACCCUGGACACCAAGCCCAGGUCGAAAGUCGUGGGGCGAGCUCAAGGACUAUAUGCUUUGGCUUCUAAACAUAAUAAGGCCUUACUUAUGGCUAUGAACUUUGCUUUUACUUAUGGCAAAUACAAUGGAAGUACACUUAGUGUUUUGGGGAGGAACCCUGUGCUUGAUGCAGUGAGGGAAAUGCCUGUUAUCGGAGGAAGUGGGGUGUUUAGGUUUGCUCGUGGCUAUGCACUUGCCAACACGGUGAGAUUUAAUCUAAGAAACGGUGAUGCAGUGAUUCGGUAUAAUGUAACUAUUAUGCAUGGUUAAUAAAGUUGAUCUGAAGUAUCCCACAUUGUGAUGUAGUGUCUGUGAGAUUGUGAACCCUAAGUUAAUGUGCAUUGGCUAAAGCAUUAUGUUUUUGAAUUAAUGAAAGUUCAUAAUUAUAUUA